AUGUCGAAUCAGGAAGGAAGCACGACGACAACUACUACAACGACGACGACGGGACUGCUGCGAUUUUCUCCUAUGGAGAAUCCCAUGUGGGCCAAGCAAAAGGACGAGCUGCGCCAGCUCAGAGCUAUGCCGCUGCAGAAGGCGACAAAUGUGACCUACCAGUCGCACCAUGUGUCACGCAGCAAACGAGGUCAGAUCAUGGGACAGCGUGGCGGAUUCCACGGCUGCACUAUCUGGUUCACUGGUUUGUCCGGAGCGGGGAAAACGACGAUCUCUUUUGCGUUGGAGGAGUUUUUGGUGAGCAAGGGUUAUUCAGCGUACGGACUGGAUGGCGAUAACGUUCGUCACGGACUCAACAAAAAUCUUGGAUUUACACCUGAGGAUCGAGAAGAAAAUAUUCGUCGAGUCGCAGAAGUGGCAAAAUUGUUUGCCGACGCUGGUGUUAUUGCUCUGUGCUCGUUUGUUUCGCCGUAUGCGAAGUAUUUUACUAUCUCGCAAAAUCCAAUCAAUGCUUUAUACGAGUUAUUGUUCCAUCUCCAAUCUCCAUGGCUCAUGUACAUGAUGAAGACGGAACCACUAAACAGCUGUAACGUGACUUCGAUCGGUAUGAAAUUGAUGAACGAAGUUAUCGUUAUUGACAUGUAUACACCUGAGGAUCGAGAAGAAAAUAUUCGUCGAGUCGCAGAAGUGGCAAAAUUGUUUGCCGACGCUGGUGUUAUUGCUCUGUGCUCGUUUGUUUCGCCGUAUGCGAAGGAUCGGGAGAAGGCGAGGAAGAUUCACGAGGAGGCAAACUUGCCCUUUUUUGAGUGCUUCGUGGAUACUCCCCUGGAAGUUUGCGAGAAGAGAGACACGAAGGGGCUGUACAAGAAAGCGAGAGCCGGGCAAAUCAAAGAGUUUACUGGAAUUGACGCUGUCUAUGAAAAACCGGAAAAUCCCGAUCUGGUGAUAAAAACGGUGGACCAUUACGUUGACGAUUGCGUGCAGGUCGUCGUUGAUGUUCUGAUCAAAAACAAUGUGAUCCCGCCGACAGUCUCUGAGUCAGUCGUUGAGCUGUUCGCGAGUGAAGCAGCUCAGUGUCGUCUCACGUCAGAGAUCUCGACCCUGUCAGCGACCCUCGACAUUACGGAAGUUGACCUGCAGUGGGUUCAAGUGUUGGCCGAAGGAUGGGCUACACCGUUGCGAGGCUUCAUGCGAGAACGCGAAUAUUUGCAGGCUUUGCAUUUCGGCUGCCUGUUUGAUCAAGGCGUGACGAGUCAGGCUAUACCAAUUGUUUUGUCAGUGUCGAAUGACGAUAAGAUGAGGUUGGAGGGAACGCAAUCAAUUGUGUUGAGGAACAAGGGACGCGUUGUUGCCAUGUUGAGGGAUCCCGAAUUUUUUGAGCAUCGUAAGGAGGAGAGAGUCAGCCGUCAAUUUGGAACUUCCAAUCCCCGUCAUCCAUAUGUUAAGAUGAUUCUGGAAAGCGGCGAUUGGCUGGUUGGCGGCGAGCUAGUCGUGAUGGAUAAAAUUCGUUGGAACGACGGUCUGGACGAUUGGCGCCUGACGCCAAUGGAGAUCCGCGCCAGGUUGCGUCAAAUGGGCGCCGAUGCCGCCUUUGCGUUCCAGCUUCGCAACCCGAUCCACAACGGACACGCUUUGCUGAUGCAGGACACGCGAGAGAAGCUUCUCGCGAGGGGUUUCAAGAAACCCGUGCUUCUGUUGCAUCCUCUUGGUGGCUGGACCAAGGAUGACGACGUGCCACUGCCGGUGAGAAUGCGUCAGCAUCAGGCCGUGUUGGACUCUGGCGUGUUGAACCCGGAGACGACGUUGUUGGCGAUUUUUCCGUCGCCGAUGAUGUACGCUGGCCCGACGGAAGUGCAAUGGCACGCCAAGGCGAGAAUGGCAACCGGAGCCACAUUUUACAUUGUGGGACGGGAUCCAGCGGGAAUGGCGCACCCGGAUCCCCCAGCGAGGGAUCUUUAUGAGCCCACCCAUGGAGCAAAGGUGCUGACGAUGGCCCCGGGAUUGACGCAGUUGGAGAUCAUUCCGUUUCGUGUCGCGGCCUAUGACAAGAGGAGCCACAAGAUGGACUUCUUUGACCCGACGAGACCCGGGGAUUUUGACUUCAUCUCCGGCACGCGGAUGCGCAGUAUUGCAAGAGCUGGUGAAUUGCCACCAGACGGAUUCAUGGACCCAAAUGCUUGGGCUGUGUUGGCGGAAUUUUAUAAGCAUCAACCGAGUGAAGUCGAUUCCGAUCUCCUUAAACGGAGGAAAUUGCAUCACACGAGUGACCCCCGAACCCUCAUUGGUCGGGUGUCGUCUUCGGAGUGUUUGGAGCAGUGCCAAAAGUCGUGCAAAAAAACAAAAAGGUUUUCCGCGAGGAUGUCGACCUCGUCCUCACUGUCGCUGCUGCUGCCGAGCCGGCUCGACGCUGACGCUCAGCUAGUUACCUUCGUUGACGACGAAAGAAAGUGUGAUUUUUGGGUGUCGGUCGACGGGGAAAUCGUGCGAAAAACGAGUGGCAGGGACCGGACUUUCAGCAUGCAGAAUGAACCUUCGUUUCCGGCUCUGUGCUCAGUGUUUGACUUCAACGAGGAUGACUUAUGCGCCAUGAACAAAGCUUCAGAAAAUGAGUCUGCUCUGAUCGCGCCGGAAUUUCCUGAUCCCAUCCAUUCCUGUAAUCCGAACUGCAAACAAAUUUGCGGAAAUGAAUCGGAAAAUGGCAAACCGUUUUGGAGGCCUUGGAAAUUGCUGGAACUGUUGGCAGAACAUUGGGGUCUGAAUCCAUUGUCAGAAGAAUUUGCUGAACGUCUUGAUUCCUUUAACAAUUUCGACUUCCGACACGAAUUCGUCAUCCCCAGGAAAGGAAAGCUUCCGAAAAAUUUCGGGAAACCAGAUAAUGAGGAGGAUCCGGUCAAGAGAGAAAAAUUCAGCAAGGAUACGAUCUACUUAUGCUCUCAUUCACUUGGACUCAAACCGAAACGGACAGAUGGUUACAUUGCGGAAGUUCUAGAAAACUGGGGAGAUUGGGGUGUGCUGAGUCAAUUUCACGGCAGGUUCGCCGGGAAACUGAUUGACCUUUGCCCGAGGCCAAUGAUGGAUCGUCUAGUCGGGGCCAAAGCCGGGGAAACAACAAUAAUGAAUGGCCUGAGUGUAAACUUGCACUUGAUGAUGGUCCACUUUUAUCAACCAACUGCUGAACGCCGGAAAAUCCUCAUCGAAGAACACGCCUUUCCUUCGGACAUGUACGUGGUGAAAUCGCAAUUGGAAUUGCACGGAAUAUCGGAAGACGAUGGGCUGUUGUUGCUGAAGCGGAGACCCGGCGAACCCUGCAUUCGGGAAUCGGAUAUCCGGCGAGUCCUGGCCGAACAGGGACCGGAAAUCGCCGUCGUUCUGCUUCCGGGUGUCCAGUACUUGUCUGGCCAGCGAUUCGACAUCCCACGCAUCACCCAGUGGGCCCAUGACGUCGGCUGUCUCAUUGGCUGGGACCUGGCCCACUCCGUGUGCAACACUCCUCUGAUGCUGCAUGACUGGAACGUCGACUUCGCCUGCUGGUGUACUUACAAGUACAUGUGUGGGGGUCAAGGAUGUCAUGGCGGCGUUUUCGUGCAUGAGAAUCGCUGGGGCCAUGAUGGACCGCGUCUUGAUGGAUGGUGGGGCACUAAGGACAAAGAGCGUUUCUUCAUGCGACCCACCAUACAACCCAGUUUGGGAGCAGAUGCUUUCAGAAUAUCUAAUCCAUCUGCUUGGGCUACAGUUCCCGUUAUAGCAGCCCUAGAGGUUUACGACCAAGUAGACUGGGGCCGUUUUGUUUGCAAGCAAUUUUGGCUGACGGGUUACUUGGAAAUGUUGCUGAAGGCUGCGAAUCGGAGUCUGCUGCAACAAUUCCUGCCCAGAAAUAAUAACGAUGACUUUCAAAAAUUGGCAGUCGAGGAAAGCGAGAGGGACGUUAUUCACAUAGCUACGCCCGAAGACCCGCGUCGCAGAGGGUCUCAACUUUCCGUUGUGCUCUGUGAUGGUGUCAUCACAGAGCGGAUGUCUGACCUCCUGCUAGAAAACGGCAUAGUUGUGGAUUUCAGAUACCCGGAUCGGAUUCGUGUCGCCCCUUGUGCUAUGUACAAUCGGUACCAAGAACUUUGGCGUUUUACUCAAAUCCUCAAAGAUUUGCUGCACAGAUCAAUGGAAGAACAAGAGCAUCAAACUUCCAAUUUGACCAUGAGCAACAAUAAGAAACCUGAACAAACCCCGAUUGUCUUGGGCAUUUUGAUCGUGUUGGCCGCUACUGCUGAGUCACAGGAUAUCCUCAACUUGCAGAAUAUACUCAAUAAUUUCGUCAAUCAAAUGGCAACGUUUUUCGGAGUUGAAAUUGAAGAUGACAUCAUUACUACCACAUUUGCUGAAGAAAUCAGCAUCUCUGUCGCCGUUUUUAAUGCUGAUUUGCUGUUUAUGGCUGCCGAGUACAACUUCUCUGCUGAAUCAUUGUAA